UCCAUAGUAUCUCUCUCUCCGGACCUAUCUGAUCUGAUGUGGGUGGCUACCGUUUUACUUCACACACCGGUCGGACCGGUCCGAACCGGCUUGACAUCCCACUCGAACCGUAAAAAACUCUUUUAUCUUCCCAAACCGGACGCGUUUCUUCCCGGUUCUCGUCCCCGGUCCAGCAGCUUCCGAGUCUCCGCCGCGAAGAAGCAGCUCUCCGAGUUGCGGACUCGGAAACCAGAAACCGAGAAUUUCUCGAUAGAGAAAGACGACGGCGAAGGCUCCGAUGUCGGGUGGCUACCUGCUUUUCCUCACGUGUUGGUGGCUUCCAUGUCGAAUUUUCUCUUCGGUUAUCACAUUGGAGUGAUGAACGGUCCGAUUGUUUCUGUGGCGAGAGAACUUGGUUUUGAAGGGAAUUCGAUUCUGGAGGGACUUGUGGUGAGUAUUUUCAUAGUUGGUGCUUUUCUCGGAAGCGUAUGCUCUGGUUCAGUGGUCGAUAAACUCGGUUGCCGGAGAACCUUUCAAAUCGACACUAUCCCUUUGAUUCUUGGCGCUUUAAUAAGUAGUGCACAAGCUCACUCCUUGGAUGAAAUACUUUGGGGAAGAUUUCUAGUUGGACUUGGCAUUGGUGUAAACACGGUUCUUGUUCCAAUUUAUAUCUCAGAGAUUGCACCAACAAAAUAUAGGGGUUCACUUGGCUCCUUAUGUCAAAUUGGAACAUGCCUUGGUAUUAUUGCAUCACUAUUUCUUGGCUUUCCCUCUGAAAGUGAUCCGCACUGGUGGAGGACGAUGCUUUACAUUGCAAGUAUACCUGGAUUUUUUCUUAUACUUGGUAUGCGGUUUGCUGUUGACAGUCCCCGCUGGCUCUGUAAAGUUGGGAGGACCGAUGAUGCUAAAGAAAUCGUCAGAAACCUUUGGGGGGCAUCUGAAGUUGAAAGAGCAAUUGAUGAAUUUCAAGCAGUCAUAAAAAAUGAUGGUAGUGAUGUGGAUAGCAGUUGGUUGGAACUCUUAGAGGAGCCACACUCUAGAGUUGCGUUCAUUGGAGGUUCCCUCUUUGUUCUUCAACAAUUUGCCGGUAUAAAUGGAGUUCUUUACUUUUCAUCACUGACCUUUCAAGAUGUUGGAAUUACAAGUAGUGCUCUAGCAAGUUUACUGGUUGGGGUUACCAAUUUUGCAGGGGCAAUCUUUGCUUCUUACUUAAUUGACAAGGAAGGGAGACAAAAGCUCUUGAUUGGAAGUUACUCAGGAAUGGCUGUUGCUAUGUUCCUUGCAGUUGGUGCUAUCAGUUUUCCACUUGACGAAGAACUAAGCCACAAUUUAUCCAUACUGGGAACUCUCUUGUAUAUAUUCACCUUUGCGAUCGGAGCUGGCCCAGUUACUGGUCUUAUCAUACCCGAACUUAGCAGCAACAGAACACGCGGGAAGAUUAUGGGAUUCAGUUUUAUGACUCAUUGGGUUUGCAAUUUUGUGGUGGGUCUUUUUUUCCUGGACUUGGUGGAGAAAUUUGGAGUUGCUCCAGUUUAUGCCACUUUUGGUGGUGUCUCCUUGUUGGCUGCAAUAUUUGCGUAUUAUUUCACAGUGGAAACCAAAGGACGCUCGCUAGAGGAAAUUGAAAUGUCAUUAAACCCCAACUUCGGUGCUGGAGAUAAGUAAUUAACAGAUGUAGUCAAGCGACGGACUCUGAAGGUUGCAAUUACCUCACUGUCCUUUUGUAUAUGUGCCAUAACUUUUAUUCAGGUAUAAUAAAAGUGUAAUUCUAUUGCUGGAGUUGGUCUCUACGACUACAAGGCUGGUUUUUCCUGUUAAGAUAAGUAGGGAUACACUUAGGGGGCAUUUGGUACGCAGUAAUCAAUAGGAAUCAUAUUCCUAAGAAAGUGAUGGAGAGUAAUAUGAUUCUCAGGAAUAAUACAUUACGUGUUUGGUUCUAUAUAUAUGAAUCUUGUCUCAAAUUUCCAUGAA